AUGCUACCAGCCACUCACACUCGACGCCGAGCCAAGCGAGCCCUGACGCUGCUCGCUGUCGCCUCGGCUAUCAGCAGCAUUGCCGUCACCAAUGCAGUCUGGCUCCCCGGCAGCUCAUGGUUUAAGCGUCAAGAAGAUGCCAGCAGCCUCACCGGGGCAGAAGAACAGGUGCUCAAACUCAUCAGCGCCUCCGGAGUGUACGCGACCAUGACGGGCGCUAACCCCAACGCCAUCCAGUCAGCCGUGGGGUUGAGCGGCGGCAGUGCCUCUGCGAUCGCCUCUGCUCUCGUCGCGAACACCACUGCCAGCGGUACAGAGCUUCAGGUGCCCACUGCUGCGAUUCAAGCUGUCGAAGCCUCGACUUCACCGUCAGUCAGCGCGGACAAGGUCGCGAGCGACACUUUGAGCGCGGGCGAAGAUUCGCAGCUCGAGUCGGUGUGGGACGAAGCUAGCGGUAGCAGUGACGGAGGCGGUGUGCAGAGCUGGACGUACGAUGCCGGUGCGUAUGGGUGUGGGUUUGGUGGUAGCGCGGGUGAUAGUAGCGAUGUUGCGACGGCCACGCUGUGCAGUGUCAAUGCCCCUUCCGCUUCCGCUGCUGUUACAGGUCGCUCCCAGCAAGAGGUCGCACAAGAUGGUGCCUUCCAGCCCGUCGCUGCCGCCCCCACUGCCCCUGCUGCACGACGAGCGCUCCCCACCCCGGAACCUCAACCGGCUCGACGACAGUACACCAUCGUCCCCGCUGGACCCGGCAUCGCCGUGGAACCCACCUCGUCCAACCUCUUCCCGAUCUUUACUUCGUACGCGACGCUCGAACCUCCUUCCACCACCAUCGUCAACUUUGGCCCCACGUCGAACCUCAACACCUCGAUCCCGCGCCGUGCUCCCGGCGGCUCGUCCGGCAACGGUGAGGCGCCUGGAAACAUCAACAACCCGAACGCCCCCGAUCUUGGCUGGCUCGACGUGCAGGUUGGUGCCGUGCCGUACAAGAACGGCGACCUGAUUGCGUCCAUCGUGUGGAUCCUGGCCACGAUCGCGCUGAUCCCCUUGCUGCUGAUCCGGCUGCUGCGACGCUCGAGCCUGAUCUCGAUGAUUCUGUUCACUAUCAUUGUGUACAUUGUGCUCAUGCUGGUCUCGUUCGGCGUGCGCGCCAAGCUGGCCAACCAGACGCCGUCGACGUCGAUGAUGAACGUCGAGGGGAUUAUCUUGGCGAUUCUGAUCCCGCUGCUGAUCGAGCCGCUCGUGCACCUGCUGGGCCUGUACUCGCAGCAGAGCGGACGCAGCACCGGUGUGCCGCAGGCCAGCUUGGUGUUGAGGGUGCUCAACCUGAUCGUGUUCAUCCUCUUCCUCGUCGCUGCGGCAUACUACGCCAGCUGGCUCGACAAGUGGAACACGGCACUGCAGAUGACGCAGACCGCGCAGGACCUACCGUCCAUCACCCCGCCCAAGGUCUCGCGCAUCCUCCCCGUCGUUGCCAGCGUCGUCGAGAUCAUCGUUAUCCUCGGCGCAGCACUGCUCAUCCCCGUCGCCCGCGGUGACAGCGGAAGCAUCCGCCCCGGUGGCUUUAUUUUUGUUCUCCUCCUCCUGCUCUUCAUCUCGACAGUCUACCGCCUGCUCCAGUCGCUUCACGCGACAACGCGCAUCGCCGCCGAAAUGGGCGGCGAGCUCGACUCAAACGACCUCCUCCCCUUCUUCCAGGGCGGCUCGGGUAACAGCACCUCGGACAACCAGCGCGUCGCAAACGGCCUCAGCCUCGCACCCCAGGGCAUGUACGGCCCCAACUCGCAGGGCAUCGAUUGGGAACAACUCCAACUCACCAUGGCCAGCAGAGGCACCCCGCAGACCCCGCUCAUCUUCAACCUGGUCUACGUCCUCCCCAUGUGGCUCAUGGUCUUCCUCCUCUUCUUCGCCCAUGCCCCAAAGCGCGAUGAUGACCACGAUAACGGCGGCGGAAAGGAAGCCACCGCCGUUGCCACGGCGUGA